GCACCUAAUAUCCACCAAUCCUGACCGUUCAUCUACCUAAUCUUAGAUCCAACGGUAUAUAUUAGCUAUAUCCCAUUAGUCCCCUCCCUAUAUAAAUCGAAGGAAUAUCUCAGCUAAGAGCGUGACAACAAUACAAGUAUACAACACUCAAUAAAUCCAAAGAGAGAGAGAGAGAGAUAGUGACUGAGUCGGAAAAAAAUGGCGUCGUGGAUAAAACCGGUUCUAAUCUCCACUGGCUUCGUGGCCAUGGCUAUGCAUCUAAAACUCAUUGUUCCUGCUGUAGCAGUAGAUUUCUCUAGAGGUCCGAUCCUUUUGAGUUCUUUUCUCUCGUGGCUGAAACCGCCGUAUCUCUACGUCAUCACCAACGCCAUCAUUGUCGUUAUCGGGGUGUCUUCCAGGUAUUACCGGAAUAUCGCCAGCAACGACGGCAAAGACUACGAGGUUUUAUCAUACGGAGGUGACUACAAGUUUCAGACUGAGCACAACGUCCACCGAUCUCCUCCACGGCGGUCGGAGACGAAAGAUGAAGAUUUCAGUUACGUCGUCGCAACUCCGCCGUCGAAGAUCACCGUUGAGGAGAAGGAAAUACCGGAGAUAGUAACGGAAAGGCUAGCAGAAGCAGCGGCUAAGGUAGAGGAGGAGAAGAUGUGUUUAACGGUGGUGGCCAAAUCGGAAAAUCUGACUCCGGUUGAGAAGCCUCUGGUUUCGGCAAGGAUCGGCCAACGUAAAGCGGUCAAGACCACAGCAGAGCGAAAUUCUUUGAGAGCGUUGAGAGUGGCGAAGCCAAAGAAGCAAGAGACGCUGGAGAGUACGUGGAAGAUGAUAACGGAAGGGAAGCCGUUGACUAGCUACUACCGGAGACCCGACACGUUCGGAAUCGGCGUCGGCGAUUCGAACAAGACAAAACAAUCAGGCGGUUUGAAGAAAUCGGAGACGCUUGGUGACAGAACCAACUAUUACCUGUCACCGGCGGUGUCGCGGAGCCGAGAUGAGCUGAAUCGAAGAGCAGAAGCGUUUAUUAACAAAUGCAACAACGAGAGGUUCGAGUCCAUGAGACAGGACAAAGAAGUACUGGCUCGUCGUGGUCUUUCGUUUUAGUAAUUAUGGAGUAUGUUUUUGUUUUGUCUUUCUAAUUUUGAUUACAUUUUUCUUUCUUUACAAACGAACAAAAAGAAGGAAGUGACAAAUGUAGAAAGUCACAGAUCAACAAAAUUCUCUCUAUUGGUAUUUGAUUGGGCAAGGCUGGUUAGUGGUUGUAGUAGUAUCUUCCAUAUUUCAUUUACGUUGACGAUGUAAAGUCAUUAAAUAGAUAUUUUUCUAUAUAUUUUUGUGUAAUUGGUUAAAUCACAC